UAAGAUUUCCUCCGCUUAAUGGAUAACCAUUUGUUACCAAUGGAGAAUUUCUUAUCAUCUUAAAUUCAGGUGAUUGGAUUUACACCAACGGAAACCAUAAACUUCAUACACAAUAGAGGGAUAUGGUAGAGUUUUUUUUUUUUAAUAAUGGAUGGAGUUCCUUUUUCCAUCCUAUCCCAUUCACCGGUACUGAUCAUUGAUACUGUAAAAGUAGUUUUCUUGCUUUUGUGCCAGCUCAUGAUCUAAACGAGUCGCACAUACACCCUAGUACAUGUUCCUCGACGCUGAGGGCACCCCCGAAGAGCGGGGGAUUUCGUGACAUUUCUGAUUGGCUGUCUUGUAUUUCUAAUAAGUUGUUUAAUAGUUGGCAUGUUGAAUCGUAUACAUAAUAUGAUGGGUUGGUUUAGAUUGAUCCUAACCGAAUGAUGGUGAAUUACUUCUAUUUAAUAGAAUAUUCAAUUCGAAGAUAAAAUCUCAAAUCACAGAUUUGCGCGAAAUCCAUGUUAUUUUCCUUGAACCGCUACAAAAUCAACAAUUCCAUAAGCUUGGGCUUCUGUUGCUGACAUAAAAAUAUCUCUUUCCAUAUCUUCGUGUACAACCCAGAAGGGUUUGCCCGUUCUUUCUGCAUAAACCCUUGUGAGGGUUUCACGCAGUUUCAUCAGUUCUACCGCUUCCAUGACAAAUUCGCCUACUUGUGCCAUAUAAAAAGCACUAUAAGGUUCAUGUAUCAUUACCCUGAUGAUAUAACAAAAUAAAAGCUUCCCCUAUCUCGCAUGAUAAAGCAAAGAGAAAAGAAAGAUAAAGAAUAGAAAAAAGAUAGAAUUGAACAACCGUACAGGCAUCUUUUGUGCAUACGGCUCUACAAGAAAAUUGACCCCCCUCCUUUCUAUUGAAGAAAGAGAAAAUAGAAUCUAUCAGACUCAGAUGGGUAAAUAAUCAAAUUGCCAUCCUUCCUUUCGGAGGAGUUCAAAAAUACUAUGAUGGCUCCGUUGCUUUAUAUGUUUAUUUUUUCUUUUUUUUGUCUGUGAUUCAGCAAUCCCAAAGUUUCUUUUUAAUCCGAUCAAAUAAGGAAAAAAUCUUUUUUUUUUCGUACUCUUUCAUAACAUAAAUAUUGUUAAGAACUCUCCGGCAUGAAAACAAAUAAGUUUGUGACGCUGAACUGAAUUCCCGAUAGAUAAGAGAAAAUCGGAAAUACCCCUUAUCUCAUACUACUCUCUCGAUACAGAAUCUAAUGUUUUGAAAAAAAUACAAAAAUUUCUCAUAUCGAAUUCGAAGUGCCAUGCUAUUAUUACUUAGUAUUCAUAUGGCGAAGGCAUAGUCUUCUUUUUUCUCUCAAAUAAAAACCUCAUUGGCGCCAAGCGUGAGGGAAUGCUAUACGUUUGGUAAGUUGUCCUCCGGCCAGGAUAAAAGAUCCCAUUGAAGCAGCUAAUCCUAUGCAUAUUGUAUGGAUAUCUGGUCGCACAAAUUGCAUAGUAUCAUAAAUGGCGAUCCCAGGUAUUACCCAGCCCCCAGGAGAGUUUACAAACAAAUAUAGCUCUUUGUUCUCAUCCUCCAUACUGAGAUACAUCAUAAGACCAAUAAGUUGAUUCGAAAGAUCGGUACUAAUCCCUUGGCCUAAAAAAAGUAAUCUUUCUCGAUAAAGUCGGUUGAUUAGGGUAAAAUUGUAUCCCUUAGGAACCGUACAUGCGCCUUUUGAUGCAUACGGUUCAAAAAAAUUGUGAAUCAAUGUAUAGAUUCCAGUCCUCUUUCUUUUUUUCUACAAGGGCUCUUUCUUACUUCUAACGAAAGGGCUUUUCUUCGAUUUUUCAAUAAAGACGAGUUUUUACUCCUUUUUGAUAUUUUCGAUUUUCCAUUAUAAAAUUCGAAGUUAUAAGAAAGGGUCAUUAAACUUAUCGAAUUAACUUCUCAUUGAUGUAUUCUUUCAUCGAGAUUUAAUCCAAACCGCGAUGGUAUUUUCUUGUUCCUGAAUGGGUCUGUUUCAUCUUUUUAGGUUUAUGCUCUACUCCGGGUAAAGAUCCGCCCGAUUUGGAUUUGUACAUAUAGGACAAAUGCUCCCAUUACCAUUUCUUUUUGUAUUUCUUUUUUUUUGCAAUUCAUUUUAUACAAGUAGUUAUUAGAGUUGAGAUAACUUUGCUUGACAAUUAGGAUCUCUUUACAAAGAAAAAAUAUGAAUAGCAAUCAUAGAUAUCUUACCAAUCCAAUUGGGUUUUUUCUAAACGGAGCCUGGAUACUUCAUUUAUUUAGUCCAACCAAGCCAACCAUAAAUUAUUCUAAUUGAUAAUAGUAAUAUGAAUCCCCUCAAAAAUGGAUCUAAUUGCACUUCACGCUCCAAAUUUUUGAUGAUUCAAUUUAUCUUUCUUGGGCGAAACGGGGGAUAUCUCGAUCGGGGGAGAGAACGGGGAAAUACCAUAUGACCCAAUAUAUCUGACAAGUCGCACUAUACGUCAACCCAAGAUGAAAUUGGAUCUCCAGGAUUUCGGAAUAGAACUUUUGGAACACC